UGGGAUUUCUCCGAAUACCACCCGCAAUUCGUGUAGGCUUCCAAAAAUGGCGGCGGUUUCUGUCAGUGUGGAGUGAAACUUUCCUAUUUUUAGCGAAAUUCUUCCUCCAUUCUAGCAUUUUGUCGACUGUAGUCGAGUGUUUAUUAAAGUAGGCAUCUUCGGAAGACACCGACGUUUGACAGUCGUCGCCAGGACUGAGGGGGUGACUCUUAGCUCCGGUUUUGAGCACCAAAUCGCUGAGCUUCCUUCGAAGUUGACGGUAGCUGAGUGCCUGACAUUGCGAUCAUAGCGACUGUUGUCAUCGUAUCGCUUAGCGCCGAGCCGUCAGGUGAGGUUGGACGUCGGCCGAUUAGCAGUAGAUAGCUUUGCGGCCAAAGAGCGUCGGAAACAAAGCGGUUGGUGUUUGUGUUUGUGGAUCGAGCCGGGGCAGAUUACAGAUCCUGAGGACGUGUCACGUCACCUGUCAGUGGGAAUAAAUAGGUGCUGUUGGAUGUCACCGCCACUCUGUGCCGCACUGAAAUUGGUUUGCUAGCGUCGUCCAUCCUGGCAAAUCAAAUGGAGAAGCUUCAGGACCUCAGCCAAUCAGAGCUACAGGAGCUCCUGGACAGCCCGGAGAGGGUGGAAUCGAUGGCUCUGGAGUCCGAUGAGAUCCAGAACAUCCAGCUGGAGAGAGAAAUGGCUUUGGCAUCAAAUCGCAGCCUGGCUGAGCAAAACCUGGAUAUGAAGCCUCGCUUGGAGUCACAGAAGGAGCUGCUGGUGGAGAGAUAUUCUCAACUAGAGGCAGUCAGAGAAACCUAUAGACAGCACUGCUCCCUGAAAGAUGGCAUGGCAGGUCAGGUGUCUCCAGAAGCACUGUUCUCAAGACUACAGACAGAGGGCAGCAAAACAGAAGAAGAGUCAGAGGCUCUAGCAGAUGAGUUUCUGGAGGGAUCUCUUCCACUGGACUCCUUCCUCGACCGAUUCCUCUCCCUACGCUCACUCGCUCACAAAAGACGCGUACGGAUAGAGAAACUCCAAGAAAUCCUGCGACAGAGGAGCGAGGGCAAUACCACCGCCAUGACGUCGUCAGCAUGCCUGAAAGAGGACUCUGCUACCCCACUGUCACCGUGGGAUCAACAGACGACAACAGCAACGACGACGAACCAACAGCAGCCGAGUUCCAAACCUCAGAACGCCUCUCAGCCUGUGUCCGCGUCUGCAGGGGGCUCCUCUGGGCUCCCCUACAGUCCAUACCCUGUGUCGGGCCCUACUCCUCCUGCUGUAGUGGCAGCAGCAGGUUCUGUUCCAGCCAAUGCCCCGUCACAGUUCCCUCCUUACCCAGGUCCCACUUCACCUUUCCCUCCGGCAGGGAGCUACUCUGGCCCUAGCCCCCCUUUUGGGCCUCCAGCUUCGGCCAGCUGCCCUUACCCGGCCCAGCCCUCCUUUCCUUCGCCACAUCCGGGCUCAGCAUUUGGCCAGUACACCCCGAGCCACACUCAGAGUGGCCCUGCGCCCUACCCGGCCUCCUACAGCUACGGGGGCUACAGCUACCCAUCCGGGCCUGCCUAUUCCAAUUCUCAGUCAGCACCAGGGAGACCCAUGUACAGACCGGGAUAUGGAGUUCCACAGCCGUACUCCUGAAAGCACUACUGCUCCACUGUCUCUCUUCUUCUUAAAUCUUUCCUCCUUUGCUGUCUCACCAUUUUCUCUUCCCUCACUCCUGCUCUCCUUGCCCUAAUCCUGCUCUCCCUGUCCUUUCUCCGAUGCUCCCAGACUCAAAAGGUCUCUCGCUUUACUUUGUUGCACUAUUUCUCUAAUAUCAGUCUGUCUCUGUUUAUUUCUUUGCCCUUCCUUUGUCGACCCACUAACUCCCCCCACUCUGGUCUCAGGUUGUUGCGUUUGUGUUUAAGUGUUCAAACACUGUCUCUGGUUCACUCACCUUCUUCCUUCUGCACAUCGUUGUCUCCUCCCUCCUCUUCCGUGUCAUUAGUGUGUGUGUGUUGCUGUUUGGCAAUCAGAAAGUCCUUAUAGACACAAGUGCACUCCCCCUUAUGACAAAUACAUGGCAAGAAUCACACUCUGACAGUGUCCCCAUCCCCUGCCAUAAUCUGUGUGGUUCACAUUGCUUUCUGUGAGCACCGACGAGAUAUGGAAGCUUUAUGUUCUGCUUUGAUGACCUCUGGGCUCAAACGAUGCCCUUAAAAAGGAGAAGGCCGGUACACAGUAAGAUUCUUACAUGAAGUUAAAGCGCAGGGUCUGAAGUUCCCAUAUUCUUAUCUGUAGCUGCCCGGAUAUUCAGCUCUUCCAGUUGCAGGCGAAUGUGAAUGCGGCCACUUUGUUUCCGUUAACCAAAGAAACUUCUGCUGAUGACACUGCUUUCAUUCCUCUUCCUUUCAUUAGUGUUUGACAGAGGAAGCAAACUGCAGCAAGAGAUGUCACAGUACUACGUUUGUAGUAGUGCACACCAAUGCCAGUAGCAUUCUAGAUACCCAAGUAAAAACACCCGGUGACUAUCUCGACAGCAGCAGCAGCAGUGUUUGUAAGGACAGACGAGAGCACUGCUCAGUGUGCACUGCCCCUUUAAAACAAGAGCCCACAGUGUGUUCCCUACAGUACACUACAUAGAAAAUACCAAGUGUAUUUUCAGGUCACAGUACAUGUACAGCAUUUGGUAUGGAAGCUACUGUAAACAUUGGUGCUGUGACGUCCCCAGCUGCAGCUGUGUCAGCGUCUUCUCCUUUCAGCCCUGCUUAAAACACUCGAAGAGGAAACAGGCAGACUUGGGAAAAUUCUUCAGAUUCCUGAUCCCGACUGUGAUGUCCUUUCCUACUUUUCUGUACAGUCAACAAACAUGUCUGUUUCUGUGAGUGGAAGCCUAGCUGGAGAUGACUCACAGGGCUGGUUUGUGCAGCACUAGCUGGAGAACCGACACUGUACGCAGGUUUCUGGUUUUCUCCGCACAUCUUCAUGAUCCUUUGUUUUGUUUUGUUUCCAAUAAGUAAUUGAAAGGGAAACCCAGGAAGGGUCGCUUGUCAGAACGGUCACUAACAGGAGACUAACGGUCACACUCUUAAUUUCCUUAUAAGCAUGUCUUAUCAUGGAGAAGCUGACACAAAGGGAUUAGUUGGUGUCACUCAUGUUGCUGUGCACUCCCUGCACCUCUCUGAUUGGUCCGUGGAGGCUCUCCAAAGUCGAGCUUUGUGUACGUGUGCCUGCUGGCUUCAAACACUUUGGCGCUGUAGACCAUCGUAGGUGAGGUGGAGGUGUUGAAGGGAAUUUAGUAUGGGUGUAUUUUUAAACUGAAGUGCCAAUAUUGUGACAGACAAACGCGUAAAUCUCACAUUUCUUUGGUGACGAGCUGUACCUUAUGUCCCUCGAAGUGAUUGAACUGAAUCUAAAGUGAUCUGGGACUCAGAAACACUGCACCGCUAUUAACGCUCCAGAAAGCUGCAUUAGUGAAGCGAGCUCAGAGUUUAGGCGACUGAGUGAUGAUGAUGAUGCUGUUAAAGAGGGGGAGGAAUCCCAGUGUGGUUGUGCAGCGGAGAGCAGUAUGCAGAAAUCCUUUUUGUUUCAGUGCAUGUCAGAGACUUAAAGAUUUCCUUUUAGAGCAAAGUUGAACCUGCUGGAUUAUUUAAUCGAGAUGCAGCUGUUAAUCAAAACACAGUAAAUCUGCAUCAUAGCUGCAGGCCGGACCUGUGCAGUCAGUACCUCAAGACAGGCUGUGCAGGCUUCAGCUGAGAGCUGGCUAAUGCUAGGGCGAGCACUGUGCGGAUACAUUCAGUCAUUACCGUAGUAGCCAGUGUGAGCCACGCUUCUUCAGAUGUCACAUGAUUUAGAAGAAGUUGGAUAUCAGCUGACUUCCCUGCCAAGGUCAAAGAUCACUGUUCAUUCUUCCUGGUUUAAGAGCUGUCGCUAAGACUGCUAGCACAAAGGCUUUUACAGUGGCAGUAGCAGGUGCUGUGUUCAGUCAGUCAGCAAACACUCUUAAGUCUGGAGCAGUCACUGUACACUCAGUGACACAGAGGUUUCUAUGGUGUUUGGAGAGGUCAUUUAUUUUUUAUUUAACCAGGUUAGUAUAACCAACCUCGGUCCUCCGCCUGUCUGAAAGAGCCUGUGAUGGACGGCUGACUGUCAGAAAGAAAGCAGAAAUAUAAAACGGCUCGCUGUGGUGAAGGAGAACAUGCUCCACCACAGAGACGAGCAUCAGACUUGCUGUAAGGUCUGCUGGAAACAAAGAUGGAAGGUUUGCUGUUCUGAACAAGAAGGAGGGAGUCUGAUGAAACGGUCACUCGUAUACCAUCUGCACAUAGAAAACACUGUGAGGCACAGGUACAGUCAGCUGUUGAGUGUAACUGUGACCUGCCCUGUCUGUUACUAGCCACAGAGCGCUAACCCAUGGCAGUAAGGUUCUCUUUAUAAACAGCUCGCUCACCAUGCUGAUGUCUGUCACAGAGCAAAGACACUGAAGGAAAGAGACCAGCAUUAGCUCCUCUGCAGGGAACCAUGUACCCCGAGGGCAGUGACUGGAAAUGUGUUUUAAAUGUUUCAUGGCAGUAGUAGAUGGAAUUGGCAGUUCACUGUUUUUCCUGGUUUUAAGAUUACUGCGGACUCUGAAUUUAUUAAAUGCUUGAUAGAAACUAACAUAUAAACAAAUAUUUCAGCAUUAGGUGAAUUUGUCUUUUAUAAAGGGUGCCUUACUCCUCAUAGGUAAAUAUGGGCUGUAGCUGACACAGAGUGCAUGUGAUGGCUCACCUGAACCCAGCUCUCAGUACCUCAGACGUCCACACAGUGGCACCAGCUGACAGACUGGCGCCGUCUGAUUGGAUGAGAGCUGACGUCCCGAUGCUGCACCUCUCUUGGUGCUAACGUCGCCCUCUUGUGUUACCUGUGGGGUCUUACUGCGCACACACACACACACACACACACACACACACACACACACACAAACAGCAGAUGUCUCACUGGUUUCAGUUGGUUUUACGUGAACACGAGUAGGUGACUGCUUCACAUAGAAAUGCUGCAAUACCCCGAGCAUGACGAGCUUUCAUAUACAAUGAAGACAUGAUGAUGGUGGUGGUGGCUUUGUCCUGAGGACUUCAGUGUUGUUAGGAAAAAUGACAACAAUAAUAAUAAUAGUUUUACAGUGUUUUAGAAAAAGCACAAGGCAGAUGUCUUAAUAUAGUUAGCAUUAAUAUUCUGGAGGGAAAUAUCAGAUUGAUUUAAUGGUUCUGAUCUGGAGGAAUUCUAUAUUACUGAUGAUGUAGAUGGAAAAAGAGAAACAAUGUUUUCUUUCUUGUUUUGGUUGUGAAUAAUUAAACAAGUUGAUUUGAA